AUGCACUGGGCAAAGAUACUAGGGGUGGCCAUCGGUGCUGCCGCCCUCUUGGGGCUGGGGAUCAUCCUGGGGCACUUUGCCAUCCCCAAAGCAACUGACCCUCUGGCCUCCAGUACUUCAGACUCCCAGGACCUUGACUUGGCAAUCCUUGACUCCGUAAUGGGACAACUAGAUACCAGUAGGAUCCGAGAGAAUCUUCGAGAACUCUCCAAGGAACCACACGUGGCCACCAGCCCCCGGGAUGAUGCCCUGGUGCAGCUGCUGCUGGAGCGCUGGAAGGAUACGGCGACUGGGCUGGACUCAGCCAAGACCUAUGAGUAUACGGUCCUGCUCUCCUUCCCCAGAGCAGAGCAGCCUAACAGCGUGGAAGUCGUGGGCCCCAAUGGAACGGUCUUCCACUCCUUCCAACCCUUCGAGAAGAAUCUGACUGGGGAGCAGGCGGGGCCCGGUGUGUUGCAACCUUAUGCUGCGUACGCUCCCCCUGGGACCCCAAAGGGCCUCCUUGUGUAUGCCAACCGAGGCUCAGAGCAGGACUUCAAGGACCUAGAGGCUCAGGGCAUCAACCUUGAAGGCACCAUCGCACUGACUCGCUACGGGGGCGUGGGACGUGGGGCCAAGGCCAUCAAUGCUGCCAAACACGGAGUUGUCGGAGUGUUAGUGUACACGGACCCGGGUGAUAUCAAUGACAGAAAGAGCUUGCCUAAUGAAACCUUCCCCAACUCCUGGGGGCUGCCUCCUUCUGGUGUGGAACGAGGCUCCUACUAUGAGUAUUUUGGGGACCCUCUGACUCCCUACCUUCCAGCCCACCCCUCUUCUUUCCGCCUGGAUCAUCACAACAUCUCAGGAUUUCCCCCAAUUCCUACCCAGCCUAUCGGCUUUGAGGAUGCGAAGGAUCUGCUCUGUAACCUCACUGGAACCUCCGCCCCCGACUCCUGGCAGGGAGCACUGGGUUGUCAGUACAAGCUGGGGCCUGGCUUUGAGCCUAAUGGAAGAUUCCCUGCUGACAGUGAGGUGAAAGUGAGUGUCUACAACAGGCUGGAGCUGAGAAACUCCUCCAAUGUCCUGGGCAUCAUCCAGGGGGCUGUGGAGCCUGAUCGAUACGUGAUCUAUGGAAACCACCGGGACAGCUGGGUACACGGGGCGGUAGACCCAAGCAGUGGCACUGCUGUCCUCUUGGAGAUCUCUCGAGUCUUGGGGACCUUGCUAAAGAAGGGUACCUGGCGACCCCGCAGAUCCAUCAUAUUUGCCAGCUGGGGAGCAGAGGAGUUUGGGCUCAUUGGCUCUACCGAAUUCACAGAGGAGUUCCUCAGCAAGCUGCAGGAGCGUACAGUGGCCUACAUCAAUGUGGACAUUUCUGUGUUCUCCAAUGUUACCCUCCGGGCACAGGGGACACCUCCUGUACAAAGUGUGAUCUUCUCUGCUACCAAAGAGAUCAGUGCACCAGGUUCCAGUGGCCUCAGUAUCUAUGACAACUGGAUCCGAUAUACUAACCGCAGUAGUCCAGUAUAUGGAGUGGUUCCCAGCCUGGGCACACUGGGUGCAGGCAGCGACUAUGCCUCAUUCAUUCACUUCCUGGGCAUCACUUCCAUGGACCUUGCCUACACCUAUGACCGGAGCAAGACCUCAGCCAGGAUCUACCCGACCUACCACACAGCUUUUGACACGUUUGAUUAUGUGGAAAAGUUUCUGGACCCUGGUUUCAGCAGCCACCAAGCUGUAGCCCGGACUGCUGGGAGUGUGCUUCUCCGGCUCAGCGACAGCCUCUUCUUGCCCCUCAAUGUCAGUGACUAUAGUGAGACAUUAAACAGUUUUCUGCAGGCUGCUCAAAAGGACCUUGGCACCCAGUUACAGAAGCAGAACAUCAGCCUGGGGCCCUUGGUAACCGCAGUGGAGAAGUUUAAGACAGCAGCUGCAGCCUUGGGCCAGCGCAUCUUGACACUGCAGAAGAGCAGCCCUGAUCCUCUGCAGGUACGGAUGGUCAAUGACCAACUAAUGCUCUUGGAACGGGCAUUCCUGAACCCGAGGGCUUUCCCAGAGGAGCGAUACUAUAGCCAUGUGCUCUGGGCACCCAAUACAGCCUCUUCUGCCACAUUCCCAGGUCUGGCCAAUGCUUGUGCCAGGGCUCAGGAAAUCAACUCCGGAUCUGAAACUUGGGCUGAAGUACAGAGGCAGCUUAGCAUUGUAGUAAUGGCCCUGGAAGGUGCAGCAGCCACCCUGACACCUGUGGCUGACCUCUGA